AUGGCGGACGACAGUGAGACAGCAGUGAGACGGACACCGGUGAGGCCUCCGCGGCCGUCGGCGGAGGAGAACGACCACGAGCACUGCAGCGACUGCGAGAACGAGGCGGAGCGCGGCUCCAACCGCGGUGGCUUGAGUCCAGCAAAUGACAGUGGAGCCAAAAAGAAGAAAAAGAAACCCAAAAGGAAGAAAGAGAAAGGAGGAGAUCAGCCUGAGCAGGCGCAGGACCAGGCAGUGAAGGUGAACUCUUUACCUGCCGAGAGGAUCCAGGAGAUUCAGAAAGCCAUUGAGCUCUUCUCUGUGGGUCAAGGCCCUGCCAAAACCAUGGAGGAAGCCAGCAAGAGGAGCUACCAGUUCUGGGACACACAGCCAGUGCCCAAGCUAGGAGAAGUGGUGAACACCCACGGCCCUGUGGAGCCAGACAAGGACAAUAUCCGUCAGGAGCCAUACACCUUGCCCCAGGGCUUCACCUGGGAUGCCCUGGACCUCGGGGACAGAGGCGUGCUGAAGGAGCUGUACACACUCCUGAACGAGAACUACGUGGAGGAUGAUGACAACAUGUUCCGCUUCGACUACUCGCCCGAGUUCCUGCUGUGGGCACUGCGUCCUCCGGGCUGGCUGCCCCAGUGGCACUGCGGCGUCAGGGUUGUCUCCAGCAAGAAGCUGGUUGGAUUCAUCAGUGCCAUCCCAGCCUCCAUCCACAUCUAUGACACAGAGAAGAAGAUGGUGGAGAUAAACUUCCUGUGUGUCCACAAAAAGCUGCGCUCCAAGCGGGUGGCUCCGGUUCUGAUCCGCGAGAUCACCAGGAGGGUGCACCUGGAGGGCAUCUUCCAGGCUGUGUACACGGCAGGAGUGGUGCUGCCAAAACCUGUGGGCACUUGCAGGUACUGGCACAGGUCGCUGAACCCUCGGAAGCUGAUCGAGGUGAAGUUCUCCCACCUGAGCAGGAACAUGACUAUGCAACGCACCAUGAAGCUGUACCGCCUGCCCGAGACUCCCAAGACCCCUGGCCUGCGGCCCAUGGAGCACAGAGAUGUCUCUGCUGUGCACAAGCUCUUGACUGAGUACCUGAAGCAGUUCCACCUGACGCCCGUCAUGAGCCGAGAGGAGGUGGAGCACUGGUUCCUACCUCAGGAGAACAUCAUUGACACCUUCGUGGUGGAGAGUGCCCCAGGGGAGGUGACAGACUUCCUCAGCUUCUACACCCUGCCCUCCACCAUCAUGAACCACCCAACUCACAAGAGCCUGAAAGCUGCUUACUCCUUCUACAACGUUCACACCAAGACGCCUCUCAUCGACCUCAUGAGCGAUGCCCUCAUACUCGCCAAGUCGAAAGGAUUCGACGUCUUCAAUGCACUGGAUCUCAUGGAGAACAAAACCUUCCUGGAGAAGCUGAAGUUCGGCAUCGGGGACGGGAACCUGCAGUAUUACCUGUACAAUUGGAAGUGUCCCAGCAUGGCACCAGAGAAGGUCGGACUGGUGCUGCAGUAAGCAAGCCCUUGCCAGGAGAGCUGUGCCCGGCGGAGGUGCUGCCAUCGUCCUCCGUCCUGCCGGAGCCCUGCCAGGAGCCGGCGGCGCCAGAGCAGCCUGGAUCCCCUGCCCGGGCCCGCGGCGCCGCCGCCGGCUGCGGUCUCCUUUGUCUCGGUGUAAUUGCAUCCUCCUAAAGACAUGAUCAAGGGAAUGUAACUGCUGCCGCUCGCUGUGGUUGGCUUGCCCUGGAGCUAACGGGUGAAUAAUAAAAGUCUAUAUUGUAUA